GCUUUUUCCAGCAACAUGUCUCUGCCCCACGAUGCCUCAAGACCAGGGCUGGACCUGGGGAGCCAAUCGUAGGGGAACUCUUGAUAUUCUGUGGACAUGUAUAUCAACACUGGCGCUGUGUGUAUGGACUGCUAUUCAUCCCAAUAUUCCUCUCGUGUAUAGAACCUGGCCAACAUUCCUGGAGCGCUUGGGGUUAAUGUUGCUGGCUAUUGUAUUUCCCGAGGUUAUUAUCAGCUCAGCCUGGAGCCAAAGACGACGUGCGAAGGAGUUGCUUUAUGAUGUAAAUCGGUCGAUAGGGCGCACAGCCACGGGACCCGCGUCGCAGGAAACGCCGAUCCACACAGAGGCCGAGAUCAGCCACCAAGGUCAAGCGUUGCUUUCACCUCUCUCAAAUUCCGAUCAGCUCGCACACAAACACUUCGCCCUUAUUCAAUCGCAUGAUCAAUCCUCAAAAGUAGCCCCCUGGUCCAUCCAACAUGGCAUGUUUGGUGUUAUGGGUGGAUUCGCUAUUGAGACACCUUAUGUGUCUCCAACAGGGGAACGACAUACACUACGUCGUCUUGUUACACCGGCAGGGAUAUCAAUACUAGCUCACGCCGGGUACCUUCCCUCUCUGGCCCCAGAGGAUAUUGCUGAGCGGAGUAAAGCCGAUCUCUUCGCAAAGGGCGUGGUUUUGGUUCAGAUUAUAUGGUUUGCCUUGCAAGUGCUGGGACGGUUAAGCCAAGGCUUGCCUGUCACUCCCUUGGAGACCCAUACUGCGAUCCACGUUGGGUGUACUAUUCUGGUCUACGCUAUCUGGGCCAGUAAGCCGUAUAACUUGGUACAAUCAAUCAAGCUUAGUGGGCCAGAUAUCAUAUAUAUCGGAGCAUUUUUUAACUUUCAGGACAUUAGUGGUGAAGUGUUCCACCGGGAGCAAGCUCGAUAUAGAUUAGAAAGAAUGGAAUACUGGAAGCGGCGUGUUAUCCUGGCAUCGCAGGGUGUUUCGCCUACCGAACUACCACCCAGCCCGCCGAGACUGAAGUCUAUCACUCAGUUGAUUGAGGAUUAUUCAUCGAGAGCCAUACGAACCGAGGCUGUCCACUAUACAUAUAAAGAUGAGGCUAUUCUGCAUGCGAUUGCGCAAGAUGCUCGUCAGGGCCUCUAUAUUCUGGAAAAAAAAGGUUACACUAAUUGCCAGGGGAGCCCACCGGGCGAGACGAAGCUUCUUCGUCAAAGCUCUGAAAACUUUACUGUCAAGGCGAUAUGGGGCGGCUGGAGUACUGAUAUUGGACACGAGCCAUCCCUAGAUAAAGGGAUACAUAUACUUUUCAACGUCUUAUAUGGUGGGAGCCAUCUGGCUGCAUGGAAUUCCGCUUUUCCAACUACCCCAGAGCGAUGGCUUUGGAGAGGAUGUGCUUUAUAUCUCACGACGCUUCCUUUCUGGGCUAUACUCUGGAUACUCUGGUGGAGGGGUGUAAAGUCCAGACUCAAGAUACUCUACCUGAUCCGAAACGGCAGCAUAGAUAUUAUCGCCGCCAGCCUUUUCUUCACAGUUCUGGUGUGCUAUACUUUGGCAAGAUGCUACUUUCUUGUCGAGGCUCUCAUUGGCCUUAGACGCCUUCCAUCUACAGCGUUUGAUAUAGUUCAUUGGACUAGUUUCUUACCUCAUGUGAGCUGAUAGUGUACGAAUACAUUUACUUGUCUUAUUUUGGCGAUUGAGUGUUUCCGUGCGCGAGUGUACCUCUCUUGGUCCUGUGUAAUGACUGGCUGAAAGGUACUAAAUGAUGACCAGUGUUUCGCCUAAGAUGCGGUCCAGCUUUUCUUCCUAGUUUACGACUACCUCGUGCUGUCGUACAUUGUAAACCUUCCGUAUGUCCUGUCGUCACUUCACUUCUAUGAUUCUUGGAAUCUAUUAUGAUCCCUGUCUUUAGCCCAAGUCGGCUAAACGGUAUGCGCGAUUCUACCGCUGUACUCAUGACGGCGCAGUAAGACUAUAUCAUUUAGACUAGCCCUUCGGCUUGUUCGAUUGCCUCUCUGCUCAAGCACCAUUUAUUCUGCAGUCAAGUGUCAAAAGCAAGUGCAUACACAUCUGUCGGCCACCACUCUCCCUAACUGGUCAAAAAUAUCUGCUGCGGAUCAGAUGGGAGGUCGGUCGCAGUAAACGCUCGGAGCAGACUCUGGGCCCCUGUCUGGAGGUGUCAGUUAUAUGACACAUCUCCCAAGAAGCAACACUCUUCACCUGAAGGGCCUGAUUAGGGCGCGGCGCCGCGCUC